AUGCCACCCUCGCACCUUUGGGAGCAGGACCCCGCGGACGGCACACCCGUGAAGGAGGUGGCGCCGUUCCUCAAGAGCUUGCGCAUCAUGCUAGACAACGAGAGCUCACGCAUCUUACGUUGGACACCCGAUGGUCACGCGUUCGAGAUUCACGACAUGGCCGCCAUGACCGACUACGUGCUACCCAAGUAUUUUAAGCACCGCAAGUACGCUAGCUUUCAGCGGCAGCUAAAUUACUUUCACUUCCGCAAGUGGACCAAGUCGCGUGCCGUCGUGUGCACAUUUUCCAACCAGUUCUUCCAACGCGACCUACCAGCCUUGACGUGGCGCAUCACACGCAAGCGCUCGCUGUCGCCGGCUAAGAGUACCGAUAGCGCAGAUACACCGCAAAAGCAGCAGGAGACGCGCGCACUGUCCACUCCAGAUAUGCAGUUCGAUAAACAGAUCGAUCCCAUGGACGCAUCGUUGGCCUGGAUCGACGUACUAUACCCGGAGCUGGACCUGGAUCUGCUCGAGGACAACGACUCGACCGCCACGGACUGUUUCAACUCCCCUUCGAAGCUGCUCUCGCUCUAA